UUUUUUUUUUUUAUUCUUUAUUAUCAAAAAAACAUCAUGACUCAAGAACCCGAUAGAAAUUUGACUCAACUUAUUAUGCACCCCAAUGUUGGCAAAGUUGGUAAACAAGUACUUGUACGAAGCAAUUUUUUUGAAAUAACAAGUCUUCCAGCCCAAAAUAUACAACACUUGAAUAUUCAAAUAUUACCUGACAGUACUCCUCCUGCUAUUCACAGAAAGAUGUGGCAAUCCUUUCAAGAUAGUCCUAAAGGUCAAUCUUUCCUCAACAAGGUCAAAUCUAUCUUUGAUGAUCGUGCAAAUCUCUUUUCUUCAAAUCCUCUCAAGUAUGGUGAUGAUAAUCUUGGUGUUUCUUUUGAAGUAAGCCAAUCUUCAGGAAGGAAACCAUCUGAGUGGUGUUUUCAAAUCAAAUAUCAAGCCUAUAGGUGUAGUCAAUACGAAUGAAUUACAAUUAUUCUUGGAUGGAAAGUCUGAUAUUACGAAUAUUUGUUUUCUACCAUGGACUAAUGAACUGAAUCUGAUGCCAUCCAUGCUGCCUGCGCUUCUUUGGACAAGGCGGACAA